AUGCCACUCUUGUCAGGGCCUCGAUCACGUGGCCGUACAACAGUACAACACCAGCUCGAUGUGUUAAGUGCGCAGGCCCGCACCAAAGCCGCGACUGCGCCAAAAAGAGCGAAGAGCAGUCCCAAUGCUGCAACUGCAGUGGACCGCAUGUUGCCAGCUACAGGGGCUACAACGCGUUCAAGGCACGCAACCGUCCCAAGGCUGCUAAGGAAGUGCAGCCUGGCGUUAGUUUUGCCUCUGUUGCCAGGAGACAAACCACCGAACAGCGACCCCCACCUCGUGGCGACCGCCGCCAACCCACCCACAACCCACAGCCACCCACAAAACCGGAAAUCACUGCCGCUGGGCCACCCCCCACCUCCCCCUUCGGCUGGCGCCAAUGACGAACAGCCAGCCCCCAUUGCUCCGAGUCUCGUCGGAGAAGAGGGCCAGCCUGGUCCUGCCCCAGCGCCCCCCGCCCCUGCAGCCACUAUCGCCGGCGACCUGCAGGCUCUUCUACAGACACUAAAGGUACAAUCAUGUCACAGCUUCCCACGCUAG